AUGGCCAUCCAGUCCAAUGCCCCCAUAGCGACCGCGAACGCGCUGCACGCCAAACUUAACGGCCUCGCCGCUGUGCUGCACCCGCGUCUCACCAACUGGUCUCAGACAACGAUCUCGACGCCGCCCGCGGUUCUGCUCCCGCGAAGCACCGAUGAGAUCAAGCAGAUCUUGACGCGCGCAACCGAGGAAGGUGUCCGCGUGCGCAUCAUCGGAUCGCGCUUUUGCAUGAACGGUCUCUGGACGAUUGAUCCCGGAAGCUACGCGCUCUCACUCGAAAAUAUGAAGGAAUUCGAGUUCGCGGUAGACGCCCGAGAUCGGACCGCCACGAUUCCGGGCCAGAUUACCGUCGGCGAGACUAACACUCGGCUUGCUGAGUACGGCCUGACACUGCCUACCAUGGGCUCCGUCUCCGGGCCCACCAUAGCAGGCUGUAUCUCGACCUGCACGCACGGCACCGGUGUCUCGCACAGUACCGUGUCAUCCUACGUGCAGUCUCUCACGAUCGUGCUCCCCCCGACUUCGGCGAGUCCCACCGCUCGCGUUUUGACUGUCGGGCGCGACUCUCAAGAGUUCGAGCUCGACCUGUUCAAGGCCACAUUGUGCGGUCUUGGAUGCACGGGCGUCAUCGUCGCGGUGACCAUCAAAUGUGCCCCGCUGGAGCAGAUGACCGAAUGCACGACUCCGCUGCCGAACUUUAGUGACACGUUCAUCGACGAGCUCGAGGAACGUGCUCGUGCCGCGGACCGCGUGCGACUUUGGUGGACGCCGGCAACCGGACGCGUAGUGCAAUCAAGCGCGUCGAGUGCAUCGAACCCGUCCUUUGGUACGCUGCAGGCGACGCCCGGGUCGACGCCGUCCUGGUGGCGCACCCGAUUCGUCGGCAAGCACGUCCACCAGUGCCUACUAUUCCUUUGCUCGCUUCACCCGCUCCUGUGGCGCCUGCACCCUUACGCUCUUUCCUUCCUCUUCAACUUCUCCCAUCACGGCGUGCAGGGCAAGCGCACGGGAUUACCGGGCAAGGUGCAGGAGAUGGACUGCCUGUAUGCGCAGCGCACGACGGAGUACAGCAUACUCGGGUUCGAUAGCGCACGAGCGGUGCUGCGCGACCUCAAGGCCUGGUUCGAGCGCCCGGACCGGCCGCACGAAAUGAACGGCAUGGUUGAGAUCCGUUUCGCCGCGGCGGACGACAUCCCGCUCUCGCCCGUGUACGCGCACGCCGCCAACACCGUGUUCGUGGACAUCGGCCUCGUGCAGUACGUGCCGUUCGUGAACUCGGGCACCACCAAGCGCCUGCCGUACGAGCCCAUGGAGCGCGAGUUCGAGCGAAUCUGCAGGAAGCACGGAGGGAGGGUGCACUGGGCAAAAGAGACGGUCCCUUUCUCCGAGACACUGGAGAAGCGCAAUGGACUGAAGGCGGUGGAGGAGAUGUGGGGGCCUGACAACCAGGUCGACGUCUGGGUCAAUGUUGUACGACAGGUGGACCCGAAGGGCAUCUUUUGGAAUCAAUGGCUCGAGGAUCGACUCAGCGGCGUGCAUCUUUGA